ACACUACCACAUGCACGCAGAUGAUAUAUACACAAACCCAAAACAUUUGUGGAAAGGAAAUCAUCAAUUAAUAUCUACAUAUCUACAUUUCCUAUAUAUAGAUAUAUAUAUGUCUGUGUGUGUGUAUGUGUGUGUAGAUUGCAGAGAGAUAGAGAGCAAGAAAACAAGUAGCUAUGGCAUCAAAGCCCGGAAUCCUUUCUGACUGGCCAUGGAAGCCUCUUGGAAGUUUUAAGUACAUGAUAUUGGCACCAUGGGCGAUUCAGAACACAUACUCAUACAUGUUUAAAGCGAAUGAGAAAGAGAGAGACCUGUCUCAUUUCCUGAUUUUACCACUUCUAUUAUGGAGAUUUCUUCACAACCAGAUUUGGAUCACUCUUUCUCGUUACCGAACCACCAAAGGUAACAAUCGGAUCCUAGAUAGAGGUCUCGAAUUCGACCAAGUUGACAGAGAAAGGAACUGGGACGACCAAAUAUUGUUGAAUGGAAUAUUGUUAUACGUAGUAAGCAAGACAGUGAAACGGGCUUCAAACUUGCCGUUGUGGAGGGCAGAUGGAGUGGUCAUGACAAUUUUGCUUCAUGUGGGUCCGGUUGAGUUCCUUUAUUACUGGCUCCACAGAGCUCUUCACCACCAUUUCCUCUACUCUCGCUAUCAUUCUCAUCACCAUUCCUCCAUUGUCACCGAGCCCAUUACUUCCGUGAUUCAUCCAUUUGGGGAGCACCUAGCGUAUUUCGUCCUGUUUGCGACUCCAAUUCUGACCACAUUGUUCACAGGAACCGUCUCAAUAGCAUCCUAUACUGGUUACAUAACUUUCAUUGAUUUCAUGAACAAUAUGGGUCACUGCAACUUUGAGCUAGUUCCAAUCUGGCUCUUCUCUAUAUUUCCACCUCUCAAGUACCUUAUGUAUACUCCAUCGUUCCACUCUUUGCAUCACACUCAAUUUCGAACAAAUUACUCCUUGUUUAUGCCAAUCUAUGACUACAUAUAUGGAACAAUGGACAAAUCUUCGGAUUCUCUGUAUGAGACUUCACUUAAAAGAGAGGAGGAAGUGCCAGAUGUCGUGCAUCUAACCCAUCUAACAACACCAGAAUCGAUCUACCAUCUGCGGUUGGGAUUUGCCUCGUUGGCCUCUAAGCCCCACACAUCAUCAAAAUGGUACCUAUGGUUAAUGUGGCCAGUGACAAUGUGGACCAUGAUGUUGGCUUGGAUUUAUGGUCGCACUUUUGUGGUUGAGAGGCAUCGUUUUGAUAAACUCAAAUUGCAAACUUGGUCUAUUCCCAAAUACAAGUUCCAGUACUCCUUGCAAUGGCAAAAUCAAUUUAUCAACGGCUUGAUUGAGGAAGCCAUACUUGAAGCAGAGGAAAAGGGUGUUAAAGUGUUAAGUCUAGGUCUCUUGAACCAGAGUGAGGAGUUGAAUAGAUACGGAAGGCUUUAUGUGGAAAAGAAUCCAAAGCUGAAAGUUAAGUUGGUGGAUGGAAGUAGCCUAGAAGUGGCUGUAGUUCUAAACAAUAUACCAAAAGGGACUACCCAAGUUCUUCUUAGAGGCAAACUUACCAAGGUCGCGUACGCCCUUGCCUUGGCUCUGUGCCAAACGGGUGUCCAGGUAGCUACAGUGAAUGAGGAUGAGUAUCUGAAGCUUAACAAAUCAUUGACUACCAAUUUAUCAUGUGCAAGUAAAUUGGUUCUCUCAAAAUGUUCUUCUCAGAAGAUAUGGCUAGUGGGAGAUGAAUUGAGCGAUGAAGAGCAGUUAAAGGCUUCGAAGGGAACAAUAUUUAUUCCAUUCUCCCAAUUCCCACCUAAGAAAUUGCGCAAAGACUGCUUCUACCACUACACACCAGCAAUGGUUACUCCUACAUCUCUUGAGAAUCUACACUCUUGUGAGAAUUGGUUGCCAAGAAGGGUGAUGAGUGCAUGGCGUAUAGCAGGGCUGGUGCAUGCCUUGGAAGGUUGGAAUGAACAUGAAUGUGGGAACAACGACACCAUCUCCAACAAUAUUGACAAAAUCUGGGAAGCAACUCUUCAACAUGGGUUUCAGCCUAUCAUGAAUUUCAACUAAUCAAUCGUUAUGUUAGCCUAAUUAUAAUUAUAAAAAUAUUAUAUGCAUUAAUAUUUUGGCUUUUUCUAAUUAUUACUAUUAUUAGGUUUGUUCCUUUAUGCAAAAUAAGUUUCUACAUCGUGUGAGAUCAUUGAAGGAUGUUGUGUUGAACUAUUCUUCAUUGACAUAGAUUUAUAUCAGUUACAAGUGGAACAAGGUUAUUAAGAUUGAAUGAUAAACUACAGAAAUAUUUAUAUA